AUGUGUGGGAUUGAGCAUGGACGUACUAGUGAAAGGUAGCAAGCAAUAAGUUGUUUGUUGAUCAUAGAUGGCAUACCUGAAAUCAAGAUGGAAAAAUGGCAUUAUUAGUAAUUUGUGUAUGGUUGUGGUGUGCAUCAUGGGUUGUGUGGAGUCCAACGAUGAUGAAGGUGCAUACAUGUUGAAGCUUCUGAAUGCACUCAAACCCCCUGGCUGGUCCAACACCACUCACAUGUGCCAGUGGAUUGGCGUGACUUGCAACCAUCAAAGUGGAAGGAUUGAAGAGAUCGAGCUCAGAUCAAUGUCUCUGACGGGAACAGUUCCUGCAGGCCUCAACGACUCCCUCUCCCAACUCACGGUACUCGAUCUCUCCCACAAUAAUCUCAGUGGCCCUGUUCCCUCCCUCGCCAACCUCACCUUCCUCCAAGGAGUGGACCUCGGCUACAACAAUUUCACCACCAUCCCUCAUGGUUGCUUCCAUGGUCUUACUAGUUUGCAGUACUUGAUCUUGAAUAACAACACCAACCUCCCACCAUGGAGCUUUUCUACCGAUUUGACUGCUCACUCCUCCCAACUCCGUUUCCUCCACCUCUCUUCUACGAAUCUCAUGGGCUCCUUACCAAACAUAUCCCAUUCCUUCCCAGUUAUGGAGAAUCUUUAUCUUUCUAACAACAACCUCUCCUCCAUCCCUGAGGGUUGCUUCCACAACCUAACCAGUUUGGAUGGCCUCUUUUUGGCCAACAACACCAACCUCCCACCAUGGACCUUCCCCCUCGAUUUGACUCAUUCCUCAUUCAAACUCUCCUACCUCUUACUCCAGGCUACAAAUCUCAUGGGAUCCCUACCAAACUUAUCUCAUUUCUUCCCCGACUUGAUUACCGUUUCUCUCUCCAACAACAACCUUACCUCCAUCCCCCAAGGUUGCUUCCAGGGUCUACCCUCUUUGAUGUGGCUGUGGUUGGAAAACAACACCAACCUCGCACCAUGGACCUUCCCCGACUUGAUUCAGUCCACAGAACUGAAAGAGCUCAAACUUGCUGCUACAAAUGUUGUGGGCCCUCUACCAGAAAUAUUUGACUCCUUGACAAGUUUGGAGACUGUUCUUCUCUCCAACAACAACCUCAGCGGUGUCUUGCCAGAGUCUUUCGGAGGGACCAAGAUUGCCACCUUGCAUCUCAAUAACCAGAAGGGUAACGGGUUUUCGGGUCCGAUUGAUGUCCUUUCAAACAUGCUCGACUUAUCUCAAGUCUGGCUUCAAGGGAACUCGUUUACAGGACCUAUUCCUGACAUGUCUCGUUGCACUUCUUUACAAGAUUUACAACUUGGUCACAAUCAAUUAACAGGUGUGGUUCCAGAUUCGCUCAUCGCUCUUCAAAAUUUGGAAUAUCUUUAUUUGGGCUAUAACUUUUUGCAAGGUCCUCUACCAAAUCUUACCUUCAGUGAUUUUGAUAGUAUGGAGAAUCUUGGUGUUAACAUCACAAAUGGCUUCUGUCACAAAGAUCCAGGACCUUGUGAUCACAAAGUGACCAUUUUGCUUCAAAUUGCUGCGAAAUUCAAGUAUCCAAUUAUGUUGGCACGUUCAUGGAGAGGAAAUAAUGCCUGUAAAAACUGGAGUUUCAUUAUAUGUGAUGACAAAAAUAAGAUCAGAAUGGUGAAUUUAUCAAAUCUGAAAUUGACGGGCACAAUCUCACCUGCAUUCGCCAAUUUAACAGAUUUGCGGGAAUUGUAUUUGGAUGGGAAUAAUUUGACGGGUGAAAUACCAGAAGGAUUGACAACAUUGCCUGAACUUGAAGUUAUGAAUGUCUCUAACAACCACCUUGCUGGAAAUAUUCCCAAAUUCUCACCAAAGGUCAACUUUAUUGCCACAGACAAUGAUUUUCCUAAUGCUUUCCACAAUAGAAUCUCAACUGCUUUGAUUACAGGUACUUCCACCUACCUUUGCAUGUACAAUGACCACAACAUCGAGGAUUUUAUAAAAGGUUAUGAUUUUUUGGCACCAAAGCGAUCUAGUUAUUCUGAAGUGAAAAGAAUGACAAACUCAUUUCGUGAUAAACUAGGACAAGGUGGAUAUGGCACUGUAUACAAAGCAAGUUUAACUGAUGGUCGUCAAGUUGCGAUAAAGAUAUUAAGUGAAUCUAAGGGAAGCGGGGAAGAAUUCAUAAAUGAAGUUGCUAGUAUUAGUAGGACAUCUCAUGUGAAUAUUGUCUCACUUUUAGGAUUUUGUUAUGAUCAAGGCAAAAGAGCACUCAUUUAUGAAUUCAUGCCUAAUGGUUCUCUAGAUAAAUACAUCUACAAAGCAAAAUCUCCCGAAUCUUUUUGCAGUUUGGAUUGGAGCAUUUUGUACAACAUUGCAAUUGGUAUUGCUCAAGGGUUAGAGUACUUGCAUCAAGGAUGUACAACAAAAAUUUUGCAUCUUGAUAUAAAACCUGAAAACAUUCUUCUAGAUGAACAUUUUUGUCCAAAAAUCUCAGAUUUUGGAUUAGCUCGAAUCUGUCAAAAGAAAGAGAGUAAUGUAUCUAUUUUAGGCACAAGAGGAACUCCAGGUUACAUUGCACCAGAAAUCUUUAGUCGAGCAUAUGGUAGAAUUUCUGAUAAAUCUGAUGUAUAUAGUUAUGGUAUGUUGAUUCUUGAGAUGUUCGGAAAAAGAAAAAACUUCAACAAUAAAGAAUCGCAUCGCAAUGAAAUGUAUUUUCCUGACUGGAUAUAUGAAGAUCUUGAUCAAAGUAAUAUUCUCGGUAGACAACAGGCUGAUAUUUCAGAUGAAGAUAAUGAUAUGAUAAAGAAGAUUAUAUUAGUAAGUUUGUGGUGUAUUCAACCAAAUCCAUCACAUAGACCAUCAAUGAGUAAAGUUGUGGAAAUGUUGCAUGGAGAACUUGAGUCCAUACCAUUUCCUCCAAAGCCUGUGUUGUAUUCUCCUGAAAGGUGUCAGUUAGAAAUUUUAGAUACAUCUUCUAGUAGCAAGCAUGAGACAAUUUUAACAACCACAGAGGAAAGUAGUUCCAUACAUGAGAUCAAUAAAAAUGUCUCAUGUUAAUAUGAUUGUAAAAUAUCUUGUACUUUUUGUAUUUGAGAGAAGCUAAACAUUAUGUUUAAUGUUAUUCUCAUAUAGACCUAAAAUAUAUAUGUUGAUGAUUUAUAUUAA